AUGGCGGAGACAAUUAAUGAGCCCAUCCAGCUCUCAUUUCCCCUGCCACGGUCUUUGGAUACAAGGAUUCAUAUGCGCUUAGACAUCAAGUCAAAAGUCAUCAUGUUAUUUCUCACAACCGUAACUGCAGAUGAGGAAGACCAAGCAACUCCAAUGGGAUCUUUCGUCUACGCUUUGCCUGACAAAUAUAAUCCAAGCCAACCACUUUCAACAACUAUCUUCGCUGUAGAAGCUACGCUAGAGUUCACUACUCGCCUAGCCAAAAUUCUAGUCAAGAAGACACAAAUGCCAGUGUAUGUGGGCAAUUCCAUCAGCUUUGCCAACACCGGACUGGGGGGCACAGUAGAGGAGGAAAUGGAAGCUCUGAAAAGAGUCGUUGAAAUUUCACUUGAUAAGCUCCAAGGCGUCGUCAAAUCGCCUAACGUCCUACCAAACGGAACGGGCAGUUCUUGA